ACUAUUUCAUUGAGCAACGGAUGCUUGGAAAUAGUACUCCACAUCACAAUUUUUUUAUUUUAUUUUUUUUGAGCCAAUCACGUCACAAUUUAUAUGACCCGUUCGAAACUCUACUCUAUUAAUUAAAGUGAAACGUCACGAGGAGAGACGUAGUCCAAGAAAGUGUGCCGACAACCUAUAGCCGAGGAUGAUAGUAGGCAUGAAAUCGCGGCUGCAUUUGCUUCUUGUAUUUCUUAUCGGAAUCAAGUCUGUUGCUUCACAAUCAAUUGUGGAAAGCUUGCCUGGUUACGCCGGAACUCUGCCUUUCACACUCGAAACCGGAUACAUCGGAGUGGGAGAGAAUGAUGAAGUGCAGCUGUUUUACUACUUCAUUGAAUCCGAAAAUGAGCCAACGAGGGAUCCUCUGCUGCUCUGGCUCAACGGCGGGCCCGGUUGCUCUGCCUUUUCCGGCCUCGUUUAUGAAAUCGGUCCCCUGGCCUUUGAUAUUGAAAAUUUUGAUGGAAGCUUACCAUCUUUCAUACUCAACCCAUAUUCUUGGACUAAGGUUGCCAACAUAAUAUUCCUUGAUUACCCAGUUGGAACUGGAUUCUCCUAUUCCAACACAUCGAAAGGCUACCCCUCCUCCGACACUAAAUCAACACAACAUAAUUACACAUUUCUACGCAAGUGGUUGCUAGCUCAUCCUGCGUUUCUCAAGAAUCGUCUGUUUGUUUCUGGUGACUCUUAUGGAGGCUAUAUUGUUCCAAUGGUCGCUCUUCAAAUAGCAAAAGGUAAUGAAGCUGGACUGCAGCCAAUAAUGUCACUCAAAGGCUACAUUAUUGGGAAUCCACUCACAGAUGAAGACAGUGAUGCAAAUGAAAAGAUACCUUAUGCUCACAGGAUGGCUCUCAUAUCAGACAAACAAUUUGAGCAAGCAAGAAGCAGCUGCAAUGGAGAGUAUGUGAAUCCAGAUCCAAAUAAUAUUCAAUGUUUAUUUGCUCUUAGUAUUAUCAAUGAGCGCACCAAGCUUAUCAACGGUGCUCACAUUCUGGAGCCAAAAUGCAAAUUCUUAUCACCAAAACCAAGCGAUUCUAGAAGGUUCCUAGUAGAUGUUCCAGUCGAUCUCCUCUCCCUCUCCAACCGAAAUGAACUAAAAUGCCGCAAUAUGAGGUAUGCGACUUCCUAUGUAUGGGCGAACGACGAAACUGUGAGAGAAGCUCUUCACAUUAGAAAGGGAACGAUAACUGAUUGGACGAGAUGUAACAAGAGCUUGAGCUACGAAUAUGACAUAGAAAGUGCUUUCGAAUAUCAUCAAAUUCUGAGUGAUAGAGGCUUUCAAGCCUUGGUUUAUAGUGGUGAUCACGACAUGGAUAUACCUUACAUGGCUACAUUAAAAUGGAUACGCAAACUGAAUGUGAGCCUCGAAGAUGAAUGGAGGGCGUGGAAUGUUGAUGGUCAAGUUGCAGGAUACACAGAAAUGUACAAGAACAAUCAGGCUAGCAUCAUAUUCGCUACAGUCAAGGGUGCAGGGCAUACAGCACCAGAAUACAAGCCUAAAGAAUGUUUAGAAAUGAUUAAAAGAUGGCUCUCUCUCUACCCAUUGUAAAAUCUCUCUUCUUCACUUAUGUAAUGUGUAAUAAUUUUCCGUUCUUGCUUGGACUGAAGCACUUGCAUUUUGUAUUUCUUUUUCAAUAUGAUAUUAAGUAAUUCGUCUGUACAAA